AUGUCAGACAAGCAAUUAUUGGAAACUGAAAAAAAAAUACUGGAAGCUUCCAAUACUACAGAUCCACAGAAAAGACUAAAUGUGAUUACAAGAGGAGCAAUUAGACAAUUACUGUCAGAUCGAGAACGCGAACUCAAAGAAUGGUCACCGGUUCCAAAACCGACACCAUCGACAUCGAUAGAAAAUGCCACAUUAUCAGCAACUGAAAGCAACAGGACAGAUACCAACUUAGCUGAUUACAAAACAUGCAAGGACAACGGUAUCGAGGACAAUCUGAGAUAUAUAGACGACGAGUUCUCCGAUAGUGAUACGGAGAUAAGGAAAUAUAAGUUUACUGAACAUAUGAUAAUGAAAGAAGGUUCUCAUUUGAGGAACCUUAUCGAUAUGAACAAGAAAUAUACCGUAGUAGCAUCACCACAGACAUUAAAAGAUAUACCCAAUAAUCUUCAUGCUCAGCAACAAACACCGAUAACAGCACCACCGCCGCCACCAGUACCAAUAGAAACACCAGCCCCAGCUCUACCAUUGUUGUUACCGCAACUUCCACCAACAAAACCAAUAUCAGUACCAGCAUCAGCACCACCAUUAGCACUGCUGCAACCUCCGCCGCCGCCGCCGCCGCCGCCGCAACCAAUGAGCGAUAGAGAUUCAGAAAUAAAUGUCGUAGAUCUUACGCAAUCAACACCACCACCACCACCACCAUUAGCACAACCGAACAAUACGACUCAAGCCUCAUCAAACACACCACAGAUACCAGAAAUCCAAUUGGCAGCAGGUUCCUUCAACAACAAGAAAGUGAACCAAGACAAGGAGAGUACCAACAUUAUGGCUAUAACCGCUAUCAGCAGCAACGAAGAAAUGCACUACCGCAAAGACAACGCCAGCGUUAUUUUCGAAAUCGAUCUAUACCACCCUAUGUGA